AUGUCGAAAUCUAACAAAGAAUGUAUUAAACAUUCAUCUUAUAGAUCUCUGAUCUGUCGAGUAUGUGGAGAUGUAGCACGAGGUAAUAAUUUUCAAGUUAUAACAUGCAUGUCAUGCAAAUCAUUUUUUCGAAGAAAUGCAUUUCAACCAUGGGGAAUAUUACGUUGUCACAAUCACUAUAACUGUAUUAUAACACAAAAAACACGUAUUAAAUGUCCACCGUGUCGUUUGAAAAAAUGUUUUGCAGUUGGUAUGAAUCCAAAUUUAAUUCGUUCUACUCAUCAACAUCAAUCUGUGCUUAACAAUCAUCGUUCAUCAUUGAUCAAAACUAAAAAGCAAAAAUCAUUAUUAACACCUAAAUUAGUAAAUUUUCUUGAAAAUGAUACUACAAAUUUGAUAUAUAAACAAUGGACAAUAUUUUCAAAUGUAAUUCAUCAAUAUAAUCAAAUAAAUCCAAAAUUUAAUGAUAAAUCUAUAUUUAAUAAACAAUCAUCUUUACCACCUAAAUUACGUUUUAAAUCAACAAAUGUAUUAAAUAUGAUUGAUUCAUUUGUUGAACAUAAUAAACCGAAGAUUGAAUAUUCAUUUCAAUUGCAACAGUUAUUCAUGAAUAUUUGUCAAGCAAAAAUCAAGCAUAAUUUAUCCAGUGUUAAUAAUAUACAUGAUUUUUUCACUAAUCACGAAACAAAUCUAUAUAAUGACUCAGUUUUCUUUACUAGUGGUAAUGAAUUGUAUGGGUCUGAUUAUGUUAAUGAGAUAAUGUCAAUAUGUAAACAAUUAGAACCAAAUUUAUCAUUUGUUGAACUUAUGAUAUUUGUUUUAAAUUUUUCAAUUGUUACUUUCGAUGAGAAGAAAGAUAUCUGUAUAAUGUCAAAUUCAACUGAUUUUAUUCAGAUUCAACAUAUAUAUAUCACUAUAUUGUGGAAAUAUUUUAUUAACCAAUAUGGUUUUACUGAAACUGUUCGACGAUUUAAUAGUCUAAUCAAAAGUAUAUUAAUUAUAUUUCGUAUCAAUGAAAAUCUUUGUCACAAUAAAAAAGCAUGA